GCGUGUGGGGGCGCGUGUUUCACAGUCGCGUCUCUGAUAUAAAAACCCUUUGCAGUCUCAGAGUUGAGAAAACCCUCUCAGAUUCUUCUUCAUCUUUUGCCGCGCUCUCCGUCGCUCGAUCUUCCAAACUCAAGUUCUAUUCUCGACUCAGUUUCUCCGGCGAUCUCCUCCGAUCAUCAACAGAUAUGGAUACGUCAAACCCGUCCGUUUUUGUGAAUGCAGAGCUGCUGCGGUUGUAUGUCGGAAGGCAGGUUCGGGCGUUGAUUCAGGUUGUGCAACUGGAUGCUGGAUCUGUCAUUGGCAAAUCUACUGAUGAAAUUCAGUUAAUUGUAAAGGGCACCCCACCCUUUCCUCUUACAAAAUUUGUUGAGGUCAUAGGUAUUGCUGACAGCGAUAAAUCUAUCCAAGCUAGCAUAUGGAACAACUUUGGUGACACAAUUGACACGCAUGCUUACAAUCAGCUUUGCUUGCUUGCAAAUGGAGAAUUUAAGCACUUGUUCAUCUGAGCUACAACAAUCUUUCGUUGUAACCCAGGAAGUCAACAAGUCACAACUUCAUCAGAUUCAGAACAGGAAGGGGAUAGUGUAAUGUAGUCAGUCAUGUAGCUUUAAUACUGUCUUUUAGGAAGUUGGUGAAUUUUGAAGAAGUGUAGUGAUUAAGAUCUAGUUAUUAGACAUGCACAAGUCUGGAAUGUUUGAUCUUUUGUGAAUGAACCUGCUGCCUCUAUUUACUAGUCAUUCAGGAUUCAAUACAUCAUCUUCCUUAUUGGUCUGGCUUUCA